CAUUAUUGUGUUUAUAAAUUAUUCACUUCUAUAUAAAUACACCCAAUGUAAUAAUUUUAUUUAUAGAAAUUUACUCACUAGACAUCCACGAACUAAUCAAAAUUCCAAAAGGCCAACAAAAAGGGUUGCACCAGUCGAAAAUCGUCUUUGGUUCUAUAUCAUAUCACCUUUGAAAAAAGGAAAAUAAAACAUAGUACUAUCAAAAUCCAUCGAAUCCAUUAAAACUAGGUUCCACUAGUUAAGUAAUUAAUUUUUUUCACUGAAAACUAGCAGAAGUACAGACCUAUACCGGGGGAGAACAACUUUUAUGGAAAAACAUUUAAAAAAAAAAAAAUCCUUUACAUGUAUCAAAACAAGGAAGCUAUUGCCCAUUGUUUUACUACCCCUCUAUAAAUUAACUUAAUACUUUGCCAUUCACUUCAGUUAUAUCAAGAAACUUGAAACUGCAUAAGAAAACAUUUCUUUCAUUUUCGAAAAACAUUCUCAAAGGUUCCUUUUCUAACAUCUUGAUUCUCGACGAAGCUUAUUAACGGAAGUACAAGUUAUUCCAAUGGAUGUCUUCAUAUCGGAAGAGUAUGUCUACCGCCGGAGAAUGGAGAAAAAAGCUGCCGCCGUUGCCGAUAAAAAUGUGAGGCUAGGCUUUUGUACAAGUAAAGUACAGGAAAAGAGAAAAAGCCAUCCUCGGAUAUCUGAAUCUCGGCCGGAAAAGGAGUUUCAGGUUACCGGCGGUGGUGUUUAUGAGAGUUUUGUGUUCCAAUGCUUCUCUCCAUAAUAACCAAAGCGUUCGCGUUUAGUGAUUCAAACGCAGACGCAGUUGCAUGUGCAUGGGCGCUUACUAGUUGUAGCUCUUGUAUUGUAGUAACUCUUGGUUUAUUUGCUACUAUAGUGAGUUUUUUUCCUAAUUAACAAUGUGUUGUUAAUCAUAAACUAAUACUAUUUGAUAAACGUUAAAUAUAAAUCAUGAAUCACAUUAGUUA